GCCUCCUCGCGGCAGCCGGGCCAAUGUUACGAAUGGCGGUCAGACUGGCGAUCGUCGGCGCUGCUGCCGGAGAAGGCUAUGCUGCUGCGUGACGCGACGUUACUGUGUCCGCAGCUUACAUUCGCUGCGGCUGCCUUGCGCAUCUUGUGUAUCGGGACCUAACGAACUGCCGCGCGCUGACGCGGUGUAACUAUUGUCUGUGGAAGGCUGGCCUGCAAUGAGUUGCACUCCCAACGGUUCUCCCUCAAAAGCUUCUCCGAGUGCUCCUCUCCCACGUGGUGUCCUUGGAAGAAGUGGGACACCCCUACUACCUGGGACACGAAAGCCAAAGCAGGAGGGCUGUUUUAUUACCUCCAGGUUACCUUCCCUAAGAGGACCCAGGGACCUAACCUUAUCUGGAAGUCCUGGACAGAAAAGAAGUUUUGCUCCUAAGGUUGAUGCACCUAGGAAAGCCCCUCUAGGUAGAGAAGAUGAAGGGCUUGAAAGAGGCAAAGGUUAUGAAGGUGGUCGUGGAUGCUUCAACCAUGGAGGUCGAGGCUCACGGCGGGGCAGAGGAGGCCCCCACCCGGAUCGGGCAGCCCGCUUUAUACAGACACAAGGAGCCACAUUUUCUCAGGGUGUGGAGAGUACAAAGAUGAGUGCUCCUGGUAAAUGGAACAAAAGUGAGUCUGCACCGGUUGAGAGACCCAAGUAUCAGCGUCCUAGCAGCAGCAGCCAGACAGCGGAAGAGAAGAUUCAGGAUGAAAAGAAGCUCGAGUUGCUUCUUAGGAGUGAUUUCAUUGAUGAUGGGCACCUGGAAAUGCCUAUCAAUUGUCCAACCACCCUACCGCUAGUAACACCGCGGGUCCCAGCCUCUGAGUGGAAGCCAGUGGUCAAGGUUGAAGGGGGGCCAGCCAUCAAGCAAGAGCCUUUGAAUGGGUUUGCCCUGGAUAAUGCUGUACCAAGUACAGCUCUGAACAGAGCAAGCCUAGCUGACCUGUGCACAGACCCAAACCUACCUGAAAUUGGACAGCUACUGUUCUUUCAACUUCCAGACAGCUUACCCGGCCUCCAGCUUCCAGCAGAUACAUCUCAAAAAGAAGCUGCAAACAGCAUUGUGAAAGUUGAGGAACAGCAGUCACAUAAUGGCCUGAUCAAGCUGAGUCAGUUUCCUGAAGGAUAUGUUGGCAAGCUACAGGUGAUGAAAUCCGGGCGUGUCCGCUUGGUUCUUGGUGCUGUAGCACUAUCAGUGGACACAGGCACCCAUUUAUCCUUUCAUCAAGAGCUUACAUCCGUGAGACUAUCUGAAGUUGGAGAGGCUGAUUUCUCUGUUCUUGGACAUGUACUCCACAAGCUCAUUUGUCUGCCCGACAUGGAACAGCUUCUUGCAGCAAACUCCCAAGAAAUUUCUUGAGAAU